GUAACACUCAGACUUUCACCAACAUGGCAACAUCCCACUUCGGUAUCCAAACUUAAAUUACUGUACGCACAAUUGUCACAGCGCCGACCCAUUGACCAGAGCUUGGACACUGUUAGACAAACAGAAGUCCGUGCUGCUCCCGAGCUCCGAGAAACUGCAGUCGCUCUAGCUCGAGUUUACCUGGGAGUUUAUGGUAGAUGGUGUAAAACAGAACACACGAGCCAACGCCCAUGCUAGCCCGAUUCGAAUAGGUCUACCCGAGACAACACAAGUGCAAACGACGACGACGACGACGACGACGUGGGUAAGGACACGAGACUGAACGAACCUAGGAUAGGCACUUCGUCACAUCACAUAGAUAGAUACCUAGGUAGCUACGGCUCCUAUAUACCCGCAUCUGCCCGGAAUCCAAAUUUCAUAACCAUGGACAUUCGUCGCCUCGAGCCGAGCGACAUCCCGCUAAUCCAGCAUGCGAACCUCGAAAACCUGCCCGAGAACUACUUCAUGAAGUACUACCUAUACCAUGCGCUUUCCUGGCCCCAGCUAAGCUACGUUGCCGUCGAUGUCUCGCGGCCCAAGAAGACACCAUACGACUACCCUAAGAUCGUGGGCUAUGUUCUGGCCAAGAUGGAGGAGGAGCCCACUGACGGCAUCCAACAUGGUCACAUCACCUCGUUGUCAGUUAUGCGCACACAUCGUCGCCUAGGAAUUGCCGAGAAGCUCAUGCGCCAGAGCCAGCUAGCUAUGGUCGAAACAUUCGGCGCACAGUACGUCUCUCUUCACGUGCGCGUGUCCAAUAAAGCCGCCAUUCACCUCUAUACAAAGACACUUGGCUUCGACCAGGAUAAGACGGAAUCUUCGUAUUACGCCGAUGGCGAGGAUGCCUUCAGCAUGCGCCUCGACCUAUCUUCCAUUCGGGAGCAGAUUCGCGACGCCGCUGCCGCCGAAGAUGCUGACGAGGGUGAGCCCGUCGGUGAGGCUGGCAGUAAGGCCCUCCCUGUGCGAGAAAAAGACCUGAAAAAGGUCAAGGUGGGACGAGGUCUCGGCGUUCAGGGUCUUGUUGAAAAAGACGAGAGCAAGCACUCGUAGAGCAAGUCUUGCUUGUCUUCAAGGAAGCCCACUCGUAUUCAGAAAACAUGUAUGAAGGAUAGCUGAGAUACGAAAAGAUAUGGGAUAAACGAGUCUAUCGAGAGAACAGAUUACUUGGAGUUAGAGGACAGUAAUGAUGGCAGCAAGAGAGGCCUCCUCUUAGGAUGAGCAGCGACAAGGCAUAUCUGUAUUUCUCAUCUCUGUGGGGUCGAAGCUGUAACGCCAAGCAGAAGUUCAAUGUCAUCAACAUGGAUGGGUUCGCCAAUCAAGAGAUGAUAGGAUGUGAAGAGUUCAAGUAUAUGAUAUAGUGAUGCAAACCUGUAGAUCACGAAGAGGAAAAGGAAGGGAAGCACAUCAAGGAGGAAAAAAAAACAAAAACAGAAAGACUAAAAGGACAACAGAAUUAUAUCUUGACAGCUAGAAUUCCUGGGUUUUGUCCAUAUACAUAGAUUUUGAGGUUUAGCACAGAUAAAUAAAUAGAGGUAUCAUAUCAACAAA